AUGAAAACUGACAAGCAACAGGUCAUCCUUUCGGCAGCGAUCACGACCCGUUCGGGGAAGCCAAUCCUGGCUCGCCAAUUUCGACAAAUGCAACGAUCUCGGGUGGAGGCACUUCUCGCAUCGUUUCCAAAGCUCGCCGACACUGCAUCCCAGCAUACUACCGUAGAGCAGGACAAUGUUCGCUUCGUAUAUCAGCCUCUGGACGAGUUGUACAUGGUCUUGAUCACCAAUCGCCAGUCCAACAUUCUUCAGGACAUCUCCACUCUGCACUUGUUCGCGCAAGUGGUUGGCUCGAUAUGCAAGAGUCUCGACGAACGGGAAAUUGCUCGAUGCGCCUACGAGCUGCUUUCUGCUUUCGAUGAGGUCGUCACGCUUGGAUAUCGUGAAAACCUCACGAUGAGCCAGAUUAAGACUUUCCUCGACAUGGAGUCGCAUGAGGAGCGCAUCCAGGAGAUCAUCUCGCGGAACAAGGAGCUUGAAGCGACUGAGGAGCGGAAGCGUAAGGCAAAGCAGCUAGAGAUGCAACGCAAAGAAAUAUCUCGCAAUGCCAGGGCCGGUGGCAUGGGCAAUGUUCCCCGCGCGCCUUCAUACCCAACGUACACCCCUACAACGACUACUCCGGCCAUUACAGACUCGUACGACUCUUACAAUGCCGCAAAGAAUCAACAGUUCAACAAGCCUUUGGCAACCAGGGGGAAGGGCAUGCAACUCGGGAAGAAAAAGGCAACCAAUUCCAUGUUCGAACAGGUCCGCGGUGAGCUUGGUCCAGAAGCAGAGGCCAGCGCGCCUCUUGUCGGCGUUCCUGUCCCGGCUGCGCCCACUGUACAGCCAUCUUUGGUGAAUACUAGUACCGCAACCGACCGUGAAGGGAUCCACAUCACGGUGGCAGAAUCAAUCAGCGCCAAAUUGUCUCGCGAGGGAGCCAUCGAAUCAUUCGAAGUGAAGGGCGAUCUACAACUACGUAUCAGUGACGCAAGCCUCACGCAGAUCAAGCUCGAUCUUGCCGUUGGUGACACCCGAGGCGCACAAUUGAAUGCCCAUCCCAAGGUCGACAAGGCGGAAUUCAAGAAUAACAAUGUCAUCCGAUUGACAGACGCUACGAAGGGCUUCCCCGCAAACAACAGCAUCCAAGUCGUGCGGUGGCGAUUGGUAGCCAAGCCGGACGAUGUCACAGAUCCGCCAAUCAAAUUCACGGUCUGGACAAGCGAGCUGGCAACCAACACUUAUAGCAUUACUGUUGAGUACGAGCUGACUGGCUCAGACCCUCUCAAGGACGUUGUUGUUGUCAUUCCCUACGCGACCUCUGAGCCAUCUGUGUCCAGCUUCGAUGCCGUGUAUGAAGUUUCCGGGGACAGCAUUGACUGGACUAUCGGCGAUAUCGAUGAGAGCAACGGCAGUGGCAGCUUUGAAUUCGAGGCUCAAGGAUCAUCCGAGAGCGAGUUUUUCCCUAUGCAAAUCAGAUUCACGAAGAGCACCCCGUGGGUUGACAUUGAUGUCCGGAGCGUCAGCUUGGUCAAUAUGGGGCAAGAUCUUGGCUUUAGCAAAGACGUCAGAAGCGUUGCAGAGGGCUACCAAGUUAUAUAA